AGGCGGGACCGUGGAGACCCAUGGACCCCCCCGCCCCCCCCCAUCUGUCUCAUCUGUCUCAGUCGGUGUGUCCUCCGGACCCUGAGCUGCUGCGGGGAAGAAACGGUUAACACAAAGAUGCGCGAGUGCGUCUGAGCAUGUGCCGCCGCUGCUGCAGUGAAGGAAAAUGGUCCAUUUCCAUCCGACAGCAGAGACACGGAGGAGGAGAAGGGACCACCACCACCACCACCACCAGCAGCACCGACACAUCCAGGACAACCGGACCCCGCAGUGGAGCGCGAUCGGCCGGCCAGAGAGCUGAGGGAGACACCGCAGUCUGAAGGCGCGGCUCGUCAGCGCGGACGGGACGUCGGCUGGAAGGAUGGAGACCUCGGAAAGCCCGGGGGCUCCUGUGCCCCUGACGGCGCUGUCGCGCUGGUACCUCUACGCCAUCCACGGCUACUUCUGCGAGGUCAUGUUCACCGCCGCCUGGGAGUUCGCGGUGAACUGCAACUGGAAGUUCCCCGGCGUGACCAGCGUGUGGGCGCUCUUCAUCUACGGCACCUGCAUCCUCAUCGUGGAGCGCGUGUACCUGCGCCUGCGCGGCCGCUGCCCCGUGCUGCUGCGCUGCGUCAUCUACACGCUGUGGACGUACCUGUGGGAGUUCGGCACGGGGCUGCUGCUGCGCCAGUUCAACGCCUGCCCCUGGGACUACUCCCAGUUCCGCUACAACUUCAUGGGCUUGAUCACGGCCGAGUACGCCGUGCCCUGGUUCUGCGCCUCCUUCAUCGUGGAGCGCCUGGUCAUCCGCAAGACGCUGCGGCUGCGCUUCCACGCGGGCCCCGACGACGGCUGGUCGGACGCCGAGGGAGGGAGGGUGAGGGGGAGGAGGAGGAGAGGGAUGGGCAACGACGCAAACGGCUACCUUAAAGCGGAGUGAUCCAAGAUGCAGGGGGGAGAGGACGCAGUGCUCCGCCACACCUCCUCUGGCCUCCUCAGCCACAUUGACGAGCCGCCCCUCCUCGGUAACUGUGUGGGAAACGAAAUACAAACAGACGGCUGUGUCGACUGGGCCGGUGUAUCAGAAGAGCCAGAAAAACAAAACCUAACCGGGGCCUAAGACCCCCCUCAUAUCACUCACUGUCAACGGAGGAACUGUAACUCCGUGCUGCUGCGAUCUCAUAAUGCACCCACCCAUCGACCUUCGGGUCAGGGCUCUUCAGUGACCAGGGCUUCACCCUCAGCUCCCUACUGUCCCUGUGGUCGCAGAGAAACCGGCGAAAUGAAAACCAACAGUCGUCGCAAAGUCUCGCGUGGACAAGAGGAACCGAGGACAAACCUUUUUCAUUUCAAGGGCACGUCAAUGGAUCUGAAAGCUCAAAGCCCUGCUGCAUAGAAGAACAAACGAAAGAGUAGCCGCAGUUGUGACGCGUCCUUUUUAAAAAAAAAAAAAAAAAAUGUACAUACUGUCCCUUUUAGUAUUUAUUCAAAGUACUGUAGUAAUGUAGCUUACAACGAGGCUCUGAGAAGAACAUAAUACCCACAAUGCCUGUGGGGGAAAAAAAACUGCAUGACAAAAAAAACCCAAUUGUCUUCCAAUGUGAUGUACAUUUUCGACGGAGCUCCUUCAGCAGUCGCACCGCACUGACUGUACGUCUUCACUGGACGCUCGGGAGGCGGUGUGGCUCGACCAGUCACCCCAGUCGGGUCUCGGCUCUCUCCUCCUCCUCCUCCUCGACGUGUCCGAACGCGUCGCGACGAUGCACGGCAGCUCCUCCGCAUCGCGAGGCGCACCGGACAAAUGCAGUCCGUUCGUCAGGAUAUAGCAGGGACGCCUUUUCCAUUGAUGGUAACAAUCGUGACCAUCGGCAUUAAUCUCCAAAGCUUUUCUUUUGUGCAACUUUUCUUGACUCACUGUCUCCGUCUAAUUCAUGCACUUUGAUCGUUGUCUCAGAUCUGCCAGGAUCAUUCAAGACAUAACUUUCCUUCGUUCGUGUCGUCCUUUCGUUCCUUCCAUCGUGGGCUGUGAAAGGAAAACGCUCAACGAUCAAUUCAAUUCAUGCCGGGAGUCGCAGGGCACGAUUUGUCUGUUUCCGGCCCUUUGGAUUACUGUAUAUAUGACCGGUUGUAUGGAGCAAACGGCAAGAAAUAUGCAGCUAUUAGUGAUUAUUGAACGAGGGAAGACGCUCACAUAUCGCCUGAUGUAACCGUUCUUUCCCACAUGCAUGAUUUGCGAGCCGAUUAUGGAUUUUGUUUCCUUCGACCCGGUGUUAGUCCGAGAAAGGGCUGCAGAGGUGACGUCGCAGCGUCGGCUUGUGUCCAUAGGAGCAACUGUUCAACCACUACAUGUUACCGUCAACAGCACUGAUGUCUUCCAAGGUAACGUUAGGACACUUGAAAACGCACAUACAAACACACAAUCCUCGAUGACGUUGUCGUCCUCCACGUUGGAUGCUGGCGACUAGCUCUGCACAUUGGUUUUCAUGCAAACAAGAGCGCAUAGCAUCACUCUGGUCGGUGUGCAUGAGACAUAUGACCACGCACGUUGUGGACUCUUGACUCAGCUUGUCACUGUUUCCCCAAAAGAAAUCUGAUCUGAGUCCACGUCUGGUCCACACUCCUCUGUGACUCUGUGGAUUCGACCUCGGCCGGCGCGGCUGCGGCGCCGUCCAGCGUCUGCCCUCGACUCUCUGCCUGGAAACCCGGAGGUGGCGGACGGAAGGAUUUAUCGGCCGUCGCAGAUUAAGUGCUGCCAUCCGGUGGACAAAAUUGUAGACUGCAACCGGAAACCUGUCCAGCUUGAAAAGAAACGACGACGUGUGCACAAAACACUUGAAGGUCGGGAAUCCCUAUCAGGGUCAAGGAAGGAGAAGGUUGCUUGUUUAUCCGAUAGUGGCUCAGAAAGCAACGGAGGUUUUCUGACCCAACAACUCAACAACGGCUCAAGGCUUUUACCUCUUUCAAAAAAAUCUAUUAAACGGCAUUAUGACAAGUGAUAUGCAGCUAAUAUCUUUAUCCAAUUCUACCGCUUAGACGAGACAAAUCAGAAGAACGCGCAAAAAAAAAGAGGCGUAUUUGUUCUACGUGUGAGUGGAGUAUUGAGUGAGUGUGUAUCGUGUGUUGUACAGAGACGUCUGCCCUGUGUGUGUACGUGCAUGUUGCGAAUGCUUGAAACUGAACUGAAUUCUCGGGUAUUUUUACUUCCGAAGGCUGCAUGUCCUAAAGUUUUCGAUCUCUCCUCUGAACUCUGACUUUACCCGAGUAGUUAUUAUUAAUCCCAUGUACUGUAAUUGGUUCUAACCUUCUUAUUUUUCUUAAUAAAAAUGGAUACAGAUUGUUGGUGAGACGACUGCACUCGUUUAUAUCGCUCCACGUUGAUUGUGUUCACGUAUGAUUUGUCCAAAAAUUUGGGAUUAAAUGUAUUUAUUUGAUCGUA